UCAGGCCGUUUAGUCGACACCUUGAAGGGGGCAUUGUACCGGGUCGAUUUCCAAAGUUUUCGAUUUUCGUCCCAUCUCUUUUACCCCACUUGACCCUAACCGGUAAAUUUACAACGCUGCGACCACGGGCACACGUACGGCCCCACCAGUGGUUGUUUCUAUCGCCCUUUUCCUCCCGUAUAGUCGGUUCGAGUCCGGAUGCGCGCGCAUCGUUCCCCCACCACCUACCCAACCGGCCGCGCGAGGACUCGAGAGUGGGGGAAGUCGGUUGCCGCCGCGAGGCAGAACGUGCGGCCGAAACGAAAGUUCAGAAUCAUUACCACGCCAGACCUCGAGGAGUAGAGACGUGUUUCUCGUUACCCUAAGCUCAGUCGAGUUCUCGUGUCGCUUUACUUUCUCUCUUGCAUCGUACACGCGUGUGUGAUAGCCGCGCCAAAGAGGACAGUCUCGAGACGCAACGUGUUACACCGUAUCGAGCCGUGUGCGUGCGUGCGUUGUGCGGAUCGGUAGAUAAUCCUUUCUCUGUUCUCGCACUCCAUUUCAAGCGCGGAUGUUUUUUCAUUUGUGCCGCGUGCGAAAGGAGACAAGUUCUUUCCUGUAAAAGAGACUCUCAGUGCAUCGUGUGCCGUGCUUUCGACCGGAGAACAUUGAACUCUGUGCCCGUGGUACUGUCUCGAACUGUCAUCGGUGAGAUUCGUUGAACAGCGAUCCUGUCAUCGAUCGCUGCUCACCGAUCUCCGGCGUUUCGCCCUUUUUGCCCCCUCGGCGAACUCCGAUCCACGAUCGAGUUGGAGGUCAGAGGUGUGUCCCGCCAAUAUUCAGCACCUAUGGAAAGUGAUCCAUUCGAGGAUCCACCUUACAGACGCUUCAGACGACGCUGUUGAGACAACGCGUCGGAAACGAUUCGGUUUGAGAUUCGCGCGCCGCGAUUAUCCAAGUUAGCGCGGUGCGGUGCGUUGCACGCGGGCCACGUGCGUUUUGUAUGGACAAUCCGUGUGGCGAGGAACAUUGAGCGUGCGCCGUCGAAAGCCACGUGUACCGCCACCGAAAAUUCAACGCGCGCGAUACUGACCGUCGAUUUCUCCGACCACGGUGAUCGAAAUUAGGAAAACAUUGUUCCGUGCGAGAGAGAGAGAGACAGAAAUUGAGACAAGGUGGUAGUGCUUGAUCCACACAGACAUUGGUUCGAUUACAGUGCCGGCGAGAGCAACCAACAGCGCUAGCCAACGAACUAUCGAUAAACAGAAGUCCAGUGCACCUGCCACGAUCAAGAAAUGGCGAUCCCAUUCGCAUUGCCGUCCGACGACGAGGCGGAAGCCCAGGGACAGCAGCUGGAGCAAUUGAUGCUCGACCUGUACGCAGCUCUGCAACAGGUCCUACGAAGCAGGACGGCCCAACAUCCAUCCCGAAAUCAUCGGAUACCACGGCGAGCAGGUGAUGGUUUCGGAUCCCGAGAACACCCGGUGGUCCUGGUGGACUCUGACCUAUCCCGGUUACCAUUGCCAGAUCUGGUAUUGUCCGCCGUUGAACAACUUCCGGCUGCAACGCCUCAGGUGACCGUGUCGGCGCCUAGUAGCCCUACAAGGGACGCGGCCUUCCAGUUUCCGGAAUGCAGCGGUGACGAGAACGUUCUAGUACCGACGCCGAACCCUAGGCCACGACCACGAAGACGCAGACUCGCGUCCGAGUGCGGUGGCGCCGUUGCCAUGAAGAAAGGACCAGCAGAGCCGACCUGCAUCAACUGCUGCGGCCAUUUCGGUCAGGCAUUCAACGAGAACCAGUGGGCGAACGUGGGUGCUAACCUCAGGAACAUCGCCGACGACUUCCAUGCGUCCAAGACCAAGGCGGCCGAGAUCGAAAAGUCCAGGCUGCCCGCGAUGAACCCGGGCUUCGCGAAUUCCGGCAACACCACCGGUUCCACGGACAGCAUCCUGUCCCUGUUGAUCCCUGCGCCACUCCGGGAGACCCUGUGGACGACGGUGGCCCUGUACCUCGGUUUCUCUCUCCCCUGUUCCACGGCGUUUAUUAUUGCACGUCCGACCGGCACGAGUGGAUUAAGACGAAACGAGGAUCGGAAGUCGUGCACGACCCAGACCUUGCGGCUCAGGGGUGGCGUGAUCGAGGGCAAACAAAGAGCGGCCGAGAUCGAAAAGUCCAGGCUGCCCGCGAUGAACCCGGGCUUCGCGAAUUCCGGCAACACCACCGGUUCCACGGACAGCAUCCUGUCCCUGUUGAUCCCUGCGCCACUCCGGGAGACCCUGUGGACGACGACGCGACAGUCUCGUCCCGUGGCCGCGUCCCGCGGCGACGGCGAUGGCUCGAGGACUCGAAGAACGAUCAUCGACGCUUGGAACGGCACCAGAGACCAGGACGACGAGCCGUCCACCGGUGAACCUGGUCCUUCCAGCUCGUCGGAGAUUCCUCUUCAGGGUAGCCACUCUUCUGGAGGUUCAUCCAAGAUCGAUGCCACGGCUAGAAGAAUUGCAAGCAGGACGUGCUUACCACGGUCCUUAAGUGUUACGAGUGCCGGCGGGCCAGCGGAGAGCGAAGAGGACGGGCACUGCCCGGGCAGCUCCUGGUGGUCGUCCUGCGACAACAUCCAACAUGAUCUACCUUACGAUAUAUUUUCUAUGUAUACGUGUGUUUCGCCCGCGAUCGAGAAUGCACGCGUACUGUGUUAUCGUCUUUGGCCCUUCCUCGGGUUCGGCCCUUCGCGCGAGGAGGAGCAGGACGAAGGCUUCGAGGAAGACGACAAUGACGAUGUCGUAGACGGGAUUAACGUCGACGAGGAUGGAACUCGUCGAUCAGUUACUCGUCGAAGAGUCAGAGUGACCUGA